AUGGUGCCGAGGGCUGUGCAGAGACACGUCGAACGAAUGGGAACUAGAGCUAGUGUGCCUGAGUAUUUGGGUCCUUGGGAUCGUUUGACCUGUUGCAAGCGAGGCAGACUUGCUCUCCAGGUUGAUGGCAAUCGUGAUAUCGCUAAACCCACAUGGGAUAGUCGGUAUUAA